CCAGAAGCGGAAGUAGUAGCGGGCGCCUUUGCAACCGUUGCGGACGCCGCCGAGUGGUCUAUACAGCUUUGCGGGUCGCUGGCGGGACUCGCGAGCGGGUGUGCCGAGAGUGGUGAUAUGGAGGGAGAUGGUUCAGACCCAGAACCUCCAGAUACUGGGGAGGACAGCAAGUCAGAGAAUGGGGAGAAUGCGCCCAUCUACUGUAUUUGCCGCAAACCAGACAUCAACUGCUUCAUGAUUGGGUGUGAUAACUGCAAUGAGUGGUUUCAUGGGGACUGCAUCCGCAUCACUGAGAAGAUGGCCAAGGCCAUACGGGAGUGGUACUGUCGGGAGUGCCGAGAGAAAGACCCCAAACUGGAAAUUCGCUAUCGGCACAAGAAGUCACGGGAGCGAGACAGCAAUGAGCGGGACGGCAGUGAGCCCCGGGAUGAGGGUGGAGGGCGCAAGAGGCCUGUCCCAGAUCCGGACCUGCAGCGCCGGGCAGGGUCAGGGACAGGGGUUGGGGCCAUGCUUGCUCGGGGCUCUGCUUCGCCCCACAAAUCGUCUCCACAGCCCUUGGUAGCCACACCCAGCCAGCAUCACCAGCAGCAGCAGCAGAUUAAAAGGUCAGCCCGCAUGUGUGGUGAGUGUGAGGCAUGCCGACGCACUGAGGACUGUGGCCACUGUGACUUUUGCCGGGACAUGAAGAAGUUUGGGGGCCCAAACAAGAUCCGGCAGAAGUGCCGACUGCGUCAGUGCCAGCUACGGGCCCGGGAAUCGUACAAGUACUUCCCUUCCUCGCUCUCGCCGGUGACACCCUCAGAGUCCCUGCCAAGGCCCCGCCGGCCACUGCCCACCCAACAGCAGCCACAGCCAUCACAGAAGCUGGGGCGCAUCCGUGAAGAUGAGGGAGUAGUGGCAUCAUCAGCCAUCAAGGAGCCACCCGAGGCUACAGCCACACCUGAGCCACUCUCGGAUGAGGACCUACCACUGGACCCCGACCUGUACCAGGACUUCUGUGCAGGGGCCUUUGAUGACCAUGGGCUGCCCUGGAUGAGCGACACAGAAGAGUCCCCAUUCCUGGACCCUGCACUGCGGAAGAGGGCAGUAAAAGUGAAGCACGUGAAGCGUCGGGAGAAGAAGUCUGAGAAGAAGAAAGAGGAGAGAUACAAGCGGCACCGGCAGAAACAGAAGCAUAAGGACAAAUGGAAACACCCAGAGAGGACUGAUGCCAAGGACCCUGCAUCACUACCGCAGUGCCUGGGGCCUGGCUGUGUGCGCCCUGCCCAGCCUGGCUCCAAGUAUUGCUCAGAUGACUGUGGCAUGAAGCUGGCAGCCAACCGCAUCUACGAGAUCCUCCCCCAGCGCAUCCAGCAAUGGCAGCAGAGCCCCUGCAUUGCUGAAGAGCAUGGAAAGAAGCUGCUCGAACGCAUUCGCCGUGAGCAGCAAAGUGCCCGCACCCGCCUCCAGGAAAUGGAACGCCGAUUCCACGAGCUUGAGUCCAUCAUUGUGCGUGCCAAGCAGCAGGCUGUGCGCGAGGAUGAGGAGAGCAACGAGGGUGACAGUGAUGACACAGACCUGCAAAUCUUCUGCGUCUCUUGUGGGCACCCUAUCAACCCACGUGUUGCCUUGCGCCACAUGGAGCGCUGCUAUGCCAAGUAUGAGAGCCAGACGUCCUUUGGGUCCAUGUACCCCACGCGUAUUGAAGGGGCCACACGACUCUUCUGUGACGUCUACAAUCCUCAGAGCAAAACAUACUGUAAGCGACUCCAGGUGCUAUGCCCUGAGCACUCACGGGACCCCAAAGUGCCAGCCGAUGAGGUAUGCGGGUGCCCCCUUGUACGUGAUGUCUUUGAGCUCACAGGUGACUUCUGCCGCCUUCCCAAGCGCCAGUGCAAUCGCCAUUACUGCUGGGAGAAGCUGCGGCGUGCCGAAGUGGACUUGGAGCGCGUGCGUGUGUGGUACAAGCUGGAUGAGCUGUUUGAGCAGGAGCGCAAUGUUCGCACAGCCAUGACAAACCGAGCAGGAUUACUGGCACUGAUGCUGCACCAAACAAUACAGCACGACCCACUCACUACCGACCUGCGCUCCAGUGCUGACCGCUGAGCCUCAUGGGUCCAGAACCCUCCCUGCAUUCCAGAUGGGGGAACUGUCGUGCAUCCCACGUGUCCAGUCCUCCAUUCAUCUGUUUCUUUGACUGUCCCUGAGUUUCUCCCUGUGCCCAUGCACCAUUUGACUGCCCAUCUGCCCUUACCAAAGGGUCUCAGAAUUUCCCUCUGUCCUUGUCUCUCCGUUUUCUGUGCCUGGGCUGUGGAGUCUACUCACCUUGCCUCCCCCCCCUCCCUGGGUUUUGUUAAUAAAAGUUUGAAGAACCAA